UGCAAGAUGUCGGAAGUCAUCAAAAAUUCACAUCAGAGUAAUUGCAGUGGUUUGGGUUGGGGGAAAAAAGUAUCAUAGCAUUCCUUGCCUACAUGUUUCUCUCCCCCUCUUAAAUCUUAACUUGGUACAGUCCGUUAACAAUAAAAUACCCUUCUGUAACCUAUAAACUGUUACUCCCAUCAGUUUGUGCUUUCAAACUGACGGCUGACUUCUCUGAAUUUGUGUAGAGCACAACGAAUGGUGAUGCUGUGCUCCGGGGGCUGCAGUGCACCCUUUUUAAAGGGACCUUGCAAUCUCAUUGUUUAAUUUGACUCUUUAGUGCUUCAGUCACAUCAGCACUUGCAGAGGGGUUGUUCUUUUCCUUUUUCUUCUUUCUCUCUUUUUCUCUUCUCUCUGUUCUUCUCCCCACCCCCAUCCCACAAUUCAGGCAGUUUGGGGUGGGAAAAACUUGAGCACUGGUUCCGACAGAGCUCAUCUCAUAUAAGAAGGUAUGGAAGAGCUGCAGUGACCGACAGCAUCGACCGUUCUGUAACUCCUUAAAUUUAAGAGCUGCAGGGCUUCCUGAAGAAUGAGAAGGACAAUGCCCUGCUGUCUGCCAUUGAAGAGUCCCGGAAGAGGACCUUCGGCAUGGCUGAGGAGUACCAUCGAGAGUCAAUGUUGGUCGAGUGGGAGCAAGUGAAACAGCGAAUUCUGCACACACUGCUGGCAUCAGGAGAAGACGCCCUCGACUUUACUCAAGAAAGCGAGCCAAGCUACAUCAGUGACGUGGGACCCCCUGGUCGAAGCUCUCUGGAUAGCAUUGAGAUGGCCUAUGCGCGGCAGAUUUAUAUCUAUAAUGAGAAAAUUGUAAACGGACACCUGCAGCCCAACCUGGUGGACCUUUGUUCUUCCGUCGCAGAGCUGGAUGAUAAGAGCAUUUCUGACAUGUGGACCAUGGUAAAACAAAUGACAGACGUGUUGUUGACACCGGCAACUGAUGCCCUGAAGAACCGCAGCAGCGUGGAAGUGCGCAUGGAGUUUGUCAGGCAGGCCUUGGCGUACCUUGAGCAGAGUUAUAAGAAUUACACCCUUGUGACUGUCUUUGGAAAUUUGCAUCAGGCCCAGCUGGGAGGGGUGCCUGGGACUUACCAAUUGGUUCGAAGUUUCCUGAACAUUAAACUUCCAGCUCCCUUGCCUGGACUACAGGAUGGAGAGGUAGAAGGCCAUCCUGUGUGGGCACUAAUUUACUUCUGCAUGCGCUGUGGAGACCUGCUUGCCGCUUCACAGGUAGUUAAUCGAGCCCAGCACCAGCUGGGAGAGUUUAAAACCUGGUUCCAGGAGUACAUGAACAGCAAGGACAGAAGAUUGUCCCCAGCUACAGAAAACAAGCUCCGGCUGCAUUACCGCAGAGCCCUUAGGAACAAUACAGAUCCCUACAAGCGGGCCGUGUACUGUAUCAUUGGCAGAUGUGACGUCACCGACAACCAGAGUGAAGUGGCAGACAAAACUGAGGAUUACCUGUGGCUGAAGUUGAACCAAGUGUGUUUUGACGACGAUGGCACCAGCUCCCCACAAGACAGGCUGACUCUCUCACAGUUCCAGAAACAGUUGUUGGAAGACUACGGCGAGUCCCACUUUACGGUGAACCAGCAACCCUUCCUCUACUUCCAAGUCCUGUUCCUGACAGCGCAGUUUGAAGCAGCAAUUGCCUUUCUUUUCCGCAUGGAGCGGCUGCGCUGCCAUGCUGUCCAUGUAGCACUGGUGCUGUUUGAGCUGAAGUUGCUUUUAAAGUCCUCCGGACAGAGUGCUCAGCUCCUCAGCCACGAGCCUGGUGACCCUCCUUGCAUGCGGCGGCUGAACUUUGUGCGACUCCUCAUGCUGUACACCCGGAAGUUUGAGUCCACGGACCCAAGGGAGGCCCUCCAGUACUUCUAUUUCCUCAGGGAUGAGAAAGAUAGUCAAGGAGAAAACAUGUUUCUGCGCUGUGUGAGUGAGCUUGUGAUUGAAAGCCGAGAGUUCGAUAUGAUUCUUGGGAAACUAGAGAAUGACGGAAGUAGAAAGCCUGGAGUCAUAGAUAAGUUUACUAGUGACACAAAGCCUAUUAUCAACAAAGUUGCUUCCGUGGCAGAAAAUAAAGGACUGUUUGAAGAGGCAGCAAAGCUGUAUGACCUUGCCAAGAAUGCUGACAAGGUACUGGAACUGAUGAACAAACUGCUGAGCCCUGUCGUCCCCCAGAUCAGUGCCCCGCAGUCCAACAAGGAGAGGCUGAAGAACAUGGCACUCUCCAUUGCUGAACGGUAUAGGGCUCAAGGAAUAAGUGCAAAUAAAUUUGUGGACUCCACGUUCUAUCUUCUUUUGGACUUGAUCACCUUUUUUGACGAGUAUCAUAGUGGUCAUAUUGAUAGAGCUUUUGAUAUAAUUGAGCGCUUGAAGCUGGUGCCCCUGAAUCAGGAAAGUGUGGAAGAGAGAGUGGCUGCCUUCAGAAAUUUCAGUGAUGAAAUCAGGCACAACCUCUCAGAAGUGCUUCUUGCCACCAUGAACAUCUUGUUCACACAGUUUAAGAGGCUCAAGGGGACAAGUCCAUCCUCAUCAUCCAGGCCCCAGAGAGUCAUCGAGGACCGCGACUCUCAACUCCGAAGUCAAGCCCGAACUCUGAUUACCUUUGCUGGAAUGAUACCCUACCGAACGUCUGGGGACACCAAUGCGAGGCUGGUGCAGAUGGAGGUCCUCAUGAAUUAAGUGCCAUGCUUUGGGGACAUCUGGGUCGGCACGCUGUCAGUACAUCAGGCACAUGGGCCCACUAGGGUGGGGUUUCUGGUUUUGUUUCUGUUGUGUUUUGUUUUGGUUUCUGUAUUAUGUAUUUUUGUCAACACCAAUAAAUUUCUUUGAUUUGUAUUUCUUUUCAA